AUGACGAUAGACGAACCCAUUUCAAUUCUCUUGUCAUCACACGCCGCGAAGCUCUCUGAAGCGAUAUUUGGGGUGUUGGCUAAGGGACGCCUAAAGCCCUCUGAUUUGGGCUACAAGGUAGCAAACGAUAUCGCCGUUCGGCUUUAUCUAAUCAACACCUAUCUCGACUCUCUUCCGCCUUACUGGAUAGAACUUGACGUUGAACAACUCUGUCAUUCAAUCCUACGAGACCUACAGGCUACUACUCAGCCAGCCAAAGAGUCCACAAGCGCAGCUCUUCAUAUUAACUUACCAUUUUUCAAAUCUCCGUUUAAUCAGAAAAACCAGUCAGAUCCAGAGACGUGUCUCGUUGCGUUUUUCAAGACACGAAUAGAAAAUGCCAGAGGUCUCGAAUUCGCAUGUGAUGACCUCAUUGGUAUGUUAACCAAAGAAGAAAAUAAUACAGAUGAAUUAUCCGAAUAUGCGCAGCAGCACCUUGAUAUCCCAUUUAUUUCUGACGACGACAAUGAUACAAUCUUCAAGGCUCUCCAACACAUUACCCAAUGCGAACCAGCGUCUCACGAAUUCAGUAGCACUAUAUCACCCAGCGAAUUAGAAUCACAAGCAAUACGGCAUCCAGCACGGCUGUGCCUACACGAUCUUCCAGACUCGACUUCAUACAACAUUUUGGUCCUUAUUUCAGCCAUAGAUAUGGCUCUUUGGCAAGAAUUUUGUUUAAAGAUUCAACCAAAGAGCUCCUCGGAUGAUGGUCAGGAGCUGCUCGGUCGAGGGGGCUUCUGCCGCAUCCUAGAAAGAGAGAUCACCGCCCGUCUCUUCCUCUCCUUCAAUUAUGACACCAAUCUUUCGUUACUUAAUGAAUCGCAAGUUUUAAAGCAGUUUCUUCAGGCUGGACCGGGACAAUCUCUUAAAAGUAUCCUACGCCAUUACGACCUUACACCAAAAGACAAAGUGAUGCUUUCUUAUGCCUUGGCACGAUCAUACUGGCAGUACUACGACUCAGAAUUGUUACGGAUCAAAUGGACGAGCGAUACAAUAUGGUUCAUGCCUGAGAAAGAGAGCAUAGAGCAUGAAGGACAGCUGCCUCUCUGCGCCUAUUUGUCGCUCCCUUUUGACAUCCCCGGUAAUAUAACGCCAGAUAUCAUAACUGAGGCCCUUAUGAACCAUCGAUGCCCAAGAAUCUUUGAUAUAGGCAUAUUACUUCUAGAAAUUGGCCUCGCAACCGAUGAGCUUGUUGAACUAGAAAAGGGACAUUGGGAUGGCUUCACAAAUAAGAACUACUUUGACCGGGCUGUGAAGUUCUGUCUUAAUAGCGAGAACUUUAUUCCGCCAUCAAAGCCAGUGAAACCGUUUCGAGGGAGUGUCAAAUUAUCCAGUGAGCCGACGACAGCCCUGGACUCGCGAGCAGGUAUCCUUGCGCGGAGGAAGAUAUUUUAUAAGAACGUGGUUCGCCCACUUGCAUGGCUAGCUAAAAGAGGCUUUAGAGUGCAAGCCGGGGACAUUACCUACGUCAGAAAGAAGCCAGACUCUUCAAUACCUGAAGAGGUAUCUGAUCCAAUAGCACAGCCGGAGCCAGGAGCAUUAUUCCACAGUGCCAUCGAUUCCAGAAUGUGGCUUCAAGACCUAAAGAGAAUAAGCGAACAAGUUGAGCGCAAAAGGCGAGCGUGUAAAGUCGCUGCUCAGGUUCGAAUUGCCAUCCUAGAUACCGGCUGUGACGAAGAUUUCAUCGCCUUUCAGGGGAGAAAAGAGCAAUUUGCAAUGGGAAAAGAUUUUGUUAAUCCUGGCGCCACCACUAUGACAGAUAGCUUUGGUCAUGGGACCUUGAUGGUAAGGCUUAUUAUGGUGUGUGCCCCUGGUGCCGAGAUCCAGGUGGUGCGUGUUGCCGAAAACACAAAGAUGCUAGAAAAGAACCGGGAGAAUAUAAAGGAAGCCAUCCUUUGGGCGGGUCGGACUGGCAAAGCCGACAUCAUCUCCAUGUCUUUCGGUUUCGCAUUCGAUGAUCAAGGAAUUCACGAGGCCAUUGAGACAGUGCAGAAGGAGCGCCAGGGAGAUGUCAUCUUCCUCGCUAGCGCUGGGAAUUCAUCUACGGAUAACGAAAGUUUCCCGGCUCGCCAUCAUGCCGUCAUAUCUGUCUACGCAACGAACCGCCAUGGCACCUUCUUGCCAUCAAAUUCAGCCAGCACAACUAAUGGUGCUGCUGUGCUCGGUACAUAUGGCGACGAUAUUCCGGACUAUAUCAGAGAAGAGUUUAGAACUACAUAUCCAGACGUUUGCCAACCUGGCUCCUCAGUUGCCACAGCUAUAAUGGCGGGUAUUAGCGCUACUAUGCUGAUAUAUACCACUAUCUUGCCUUCGCUGGUAUCGCUUCAAGGGAAGCCGGCAAGCAGUGCUUUUCAACGGCUCCGGACUACCAAAGGUAUGGAGAAGAUACUGUAUCGGCUAGUACAACAAGUUCCAGAACACCCUCGGCUCAAUGCUGUAAAACCGGCAUGGUUCUGGAAAAGCAGGCCAAAUGAUAUGAGCCGAUGUAUGGCUUUCUGCGAUGCAUUGGCGGACCUUGGUUUAUCAUAGAUCCUAGAACAGUCAAAACGCAUCCGCCUUGAGAUAUUAGAACUUUAAGAUCAAUCAGAUGAGUUGGAUCAAAGAGAUCAAAUAGAUCAAAUAGAUCAAAUAGAUCAAAUAGAUCAAAUAGAUCAAAUAGAUCAAAUAGAUCAAAUAGAUCAAAUAG